AUGUACCGCAUCUUGUUGUUUCUUUCUCUAUGGCUCUGUGUCCUGAGCGCCCCGAUUGACAAGAAACAAUCACUUGGAGUGAAUGAUCAAGUGGCACCAAGUCUAUCGGAACUACUGAAAUAUGUUCAAAUUGCAACGUCUGAACCAAUUGACCUCCCAGUUGAGGAAGUUCGACAAAUGUUACGGGAAGACGUUCCGUGUAUUCUUGACGCUUUAUUACCUCGUCAGUUUUUUGUCGGGUCACAAGAAAAUACUUUUCGUAAUGUUAUUAAACAGAAUAUCGUACUUUCCCGAAAUGGACGUCGCAUUACCACUUUUUAG